GUCAACAAACGAGUCUCGUCGCGUGCGGUUCACGCAUCGCAUCGCUUCGCAACGCAACGCAACGCAACGGAAAAGUAUCGCAGCGCCUCAACUUGGCCUUAACUGAGUUGUAAGCUAACAGGCAACAGCCAACAGCUAACAGCAAUUUUUUCGGUUAGCUAAUUGCAAUUGGUUCGAAAUUUGUGCAGUCCAUUAAACAAUUGUAAAUUACGUAAAGAAAAUAAUGCAAAAUUGAAAUGGGAAAAUGAGAAAUUAAUUAACGAUACUCAUUUGAAUACGAUUGUGGUGCGAUUCAUAAAGAGAAUUUAAUUUGUUGUGUGCUGUGCUGUGCUAUGCUGUGCGACGAUGAUUUUUCUUAAAUAAAUGAAGUGUGAAGCCAAAGUGUGGUGCGGUGGUGCAGUGCGGUGCGCUUAGCUUAGCGCUCUAAAUCGUUUAUAGAACGUGCGAAACGCUGUUAACAGUUACAAUUAAUUGGCAUUGUGCAUUAUCAUCAUCGUCAUCGUCAACGCCAUCAUGAAGUUACAGCUCCUCCAUCGCAUGCUAAUGAAGUUCUACAAGUUCUUAUAAACUGUCGCCCUUCAAAAUUUGCCGCAAAGAGAGAAAUUCACGAAGCCAGCACAACUAUUCAAUAGCUUACUAAAUCACGCAUACUCAAAAUCAGCAGCAACAGCAGCUACACCAAAGUUGGACAUCAAUCAAGUCGCUGCAGCGGACGCGAAUGUUGGCCGUCUAGCUGAUUGCAGAAGCAGCAGCAGCAGCAACAGCUGGAGUGUUUCGCCCCCAACCAACCAACCAGGCAUUACACACAUCCCAUACCCGAUUCCAGCCAAAUGUAUGCCGGUCGUGCCACGCAAUUCGCCAAGACUAUCAGCAGCAUGGCAUGCAGCAUACAGAAGCAGCCCUCGCAGCCAGCGCCAACAACAGCAGCCACUGCAGCAGCUGCAGCAUCAUCAAUGGCCAUGACGGCAUCCAGCGUUAGUGGCAUUGGUGGCUCCAGUGGAGCUGGCACUGUGCCCUCCACACCCAAGGCAUCGAAGGCAGCCCAACCACGUGGCUCGUUGCCCACAGAUGUGCAUCAGCCUCCGCUGGAAUUCCAAUGGCCACCGCCAUUGCCCGUGUCCAGUCACACCAGCAACUUGCGAUUGAACAUGAUGAACCAGGAUCCCAAGGAUCUGCAUACGGCGCGGGCCAUCAUCGAAGAGCUGCGCUCCAAGGUUCGCUUCCAAACGGAGCACAUCAUGAAGUGGCGCAAGGCUUACGCAAUGCAGGUACAACAACACUAUCGCUAUCAGAAGGAAAAGUCAGACCAGAUGAACUCACUAACCUCACAGUUGCUUUUACUGGAGUCGCGAUUGAAAAGGAAACAAAAGCAAAUCGCCAGUCUGCUGAGCCACCGAGAGGUCACCAUACAGCGUCAGCAGAAGAUCAUUGACACGCUCUCCACCCGCCUGGUGGAUCAUGGCCUCGAGAGCAUUGAGGCGAGCUAUGCCAACGAACUGGACUCGCUGAACGAUUCGGAUUCGGCAGUGGUGCUGGAGGACAUCGACUCGGACAGCAACAUGACGCUGGGCACGCGACGCAAGAGCAGCGGCGGAUUGGGAGGCGUACUGGGGAGCGAUGGCAUCACCAUAGUGCGUUCGAUAUCGGAUGCCAUUGAGACGAACCUGAAUAAAUACGGCGCCGCUCGGCGGAACAAUUGCUUCUUGCGACGCCCGGACAUACUGGAGACUGUCUACUCGGUGGAAGAGGAUCCAGAGCCCACCUCUGAUGUGGCCGAGAAGCGGGACAAGUUCAAAAAUCGCUCUGACAAGGCGCUCAGCUCCAGCUCCACUGAGGGACAAAUUGAUGCAGCAACUCCAGGUUCGGGUGCGUCCACAACACCGGAGAAAGCCAAAGAAGCGUCUAUUGGCGCCGCAAUGCCGGUGCCACGUCGCCAGCUGGGUGGAUUGAAGCGCUCGCCCAGCCACGAUUCACCCUGCACCACACUGAGCGUCAAGGUGCCGCAGUUGCAGCCGUCGCCAUCUGCAGGCGCUGAGCAACAGCAGCUCAAUGGAAAGUCGCAGGUUAUCACCUACAAUCGUGUAAUGUCCAACCAUCGAUCGGUGACCAAGCCCAAGGAUGUCAAGUACAAGCGCAUCAACAAGGCGAAGUCCAAGAGUCUCGAGGAGCUGCGUGGUCGCCUCAAGAACCUCGUGGAGCGACCCGGUCUCGAUGCUGGCUACACUGCGGGCAUGAUGCCCCAGACGGCGCAGUCGUAUGCGUGA